AUGAGUUUUCAGACAAUGGAUACGAAUACAGAGGAAGAGGAUGGAUACACUAACUUAUAUCACCUGCCACAGCAUCCAGUCAGACACUACAUGUCACUGAACAUCAACAGAGGGCGCUCUCUUCCCUUUGCUGUAUGGUGGCCAGCUAUCUUCACUUUGUUUGCACUGUGCCUGGCCCUCACCAUAGGAAUGAUAGUCCUAGGUCUCAGAGGUUCUAAGGCACCUGCAGGACAUAACGAAAACUUGCAAGGACUAAAGGAGAAACUGUGCUUGAUGAAUGAGAAUGAUAGUAAGUAGAACUACUGACCCAAACGUUCACUAUGCCCUGUAAACUGGAAAUUGCUUGGAGGCAACACCUGUUUCUACCUUUCAGAAAGGGAGGCCACAUGGCAGGAAAGUAAAGACUUUUGCAUCUCUCAGAAUGCCACCCUUCUUAUGCUGAAAAGAAAAAGCAAGUUGAUUAGCAUAUCUCAAAUAUCACAAAAACAAUUUUAUUGGAUUGGAUUAUCAUAUGGAGUUGAUGGCUGGUCUUGGAUAGAUGAUACGAAACUUUCUACAAAGCGAAUGGACUGGAUUGAUUUGUCCUCUAAGCAAAACUGUGCAUACCUGUUUUAUGGUAACUCAAGAGUUUACAGUUGGAAUUGUUAUGAGAAAUAUCCCUGGAUUUGUGAGAAGGCAGCAGUCCAACUGAUUUAA